GUUCUGAAAUCUGCAGUGGAGGAACAUGUCUCAAUCUGGUGAAAAAGUAAAGUUCUCUGAUUCUGCAGGAUAUGUCGGCUUUGCUAACCUGCCCAACCAAGUCCACAGGAAGUCUGUGAAGAAGGGCUUUGAGUUCACCCUAAUGGUGGUUGGUGAAUCUGGCUUGGGAAAAUCCACUUUAAUAAACAGUUUGUUCCUGACCGACCUCUAUCCUGAACGUUACAUUCCUGGAGCUGCAGAGAAGAUAGAGCGAACGGUCCAAAUCGAAGCUUCAACUGUCGAGAUAGAAGAGCGAGGGGUCAAGCUCCGCCUGACGGUAGUAGAUACACCGGGAUACGGAGAUGCUAUUAACAGCCAAGACUGUUUCAAGACGAUCAUCCACUACAUCGACAAUCAGUUUGAAAGAUACCUUCAUGACGAGAGCGGCCUCAACAGGCGCCAUAUUGUAGACAACAGAGUCCACUGCUGUUUUUACUUCAUAUCCCCCUUCGGACAUGGGUUGAAGCCUUUGGAUGUGGAAUUCAUGAAAGCUCUUCAUGGAAAAGUCAACAUCGUUCCCGUGAUCGCUAAGGCAGACACUUUGACACUGAAGGAGAGGGAGAGACUGAAGAGAAGGGUCUUAGAUGAGAUUUCUGAGCAUGGCAUCAGGAUUUACCAGUUACCCGAUGCUGAUUCUGAUGAGGAUGAAGAAUUUAAGGAACAGACCCGGGUACUGAAGGCUAGCAUUCCGUUUGCUGUCAUCGGCUCCAACCAGCUUAUUGAAGUGAAGGGGAAAAAGAUCAGAGGUCGCCUGUAUCCCUGGGGAGUGGUGGAAGUUGAGAACCCAGAACACAAUGACUUCCUGAAGCUGCGCACCAUGCUAGUAACCCACAUGCAGGAUCUACAAGAAGUAACCCAAGACUUGCACUAUGAAAACUUCCGGUCCGAGAGGCUAAAGCGCACUGGCAAGCCUGUCGAAGAAGAAGUCGUGGACAAAGAUAGGAUCCUUCAGCAGAAAGAGGCCGAGUUGCGCCGCAUGCAGGAGAUGAUCGCUCACAUGCAAGCCCAGAUGAGGAUGAAACCCGGAGAUGAAUGAGGAACAGGCCAGGCUGCCGACGCAGUUCUACGAUCCUCUUGAAAAUGGGUCCGUGCUUUACUUCAAAUC